CCUGCUUUCAGCCCCGGCUCGUGCCCGGUCGGCCGAGUGGCGUUCGGCUGCUCUCUCCACUCCUACAGGGAAGAGCCCUCCGCGCGCGAGCGGAGUGGGUGCAGUCCCUUCGCUCUACCCUUGGGGUCCAAGCGGGUAUAAAGUUCGCUGUCGUCCCCCACCCACCACGUGCCCCCGGCGCUCCGUCUCCGCCCGCGAUGCCUGCUGUUUUUUAAGAGAAAGCCAGUCCCGGUCUGUCCCUGCGGCGGCUGGGGAGUAAAAUGGGAUUUAACAGCCUAUCAUCUAUCCCCCUCCCUGCAAAGUAUGUUUUGGAGGCGAUUUUGUCCGAGGUGGGAUGUUGGGGUGGCGCAGCUACAGUUGGGAGUUGGAGUGCACAACGUGGUCACCUCUUGAGACCUCUCCCUUGUCCCUGUGCUUUUUGAAAAUGCGAAGCCAUUCCAGCUGUUUGUAACUGUGAAACGCUCCACAAUGCUAAAAAUGUGUUGGCAUUUGAAAGAAAAUAAUCGAGUUGAGAGGAUUCUUUUCUUGUGUUGCCGGAUCUCUGGGAAGCCGUGUGUGCAAGCCCCGGGUGCAGUAUCUGCCAUCCAGUGCAAAAAUAUACAAAACUCCAAAAUCACCCUGAUAACACAUACAGCAGACAUGAAUGAUAUUUCCCAAAAGGCUGAGAUUCUGCUUUCUUCAUCUAAACCUGUCCCAAAAACCUAUGUGCCAAAACUUGGCAAGGGUGAUGUAAAGGAUAAGUUUGAAGCCAUGCAGAGAGCCAGGGAAGAAAGAAAUCAAAGGAGAUCUAGAGAUGAAAAACAAAGAAGAAAAGAACAAUAUAUUAGAGAGAGAGAAUGGAACAGGAGAAAGCAGGAGAUUAAAGAAAUGCUUGCUUCUGAUGAUGAGGAAGAGGUAUCUUCGAAAGUAGAAAAGGCUUAUGUCCCAAAGCUAACAGGAACUGUUAAAGGUAGAUUUGCUGAAAUGGAGAAACAAAGACAAGAGGAACAAAGAAAGAGGACGGAGGAGGAACGAAGACGCAGAAUUGAGCAGGAUAUGUUAGAGAAGAGGAAGAUAGAACGUGAAUUAGCAAAAAGGGCUGAGCAGAUUGAGGACAUAAACAAUACGGGAACUGAAUCAGCAUCAGAGGAAGGAGACGAAUCACUGCUUGUAACAGUGGUACCUGUCAAAUCACAAAAAACUUCUGGAAAGAUGAAGAAUUUUGAGGAUCUAGAGAAAGAACGAGAAGAAAAAGAAAGGGUCAAAUAUGAAGAAGAUAAAAGAAUAAGAUAUGAAGAACAACAGCGAUCUCUCAAGGAAGCAAAGUGUCUUUCAUUGGUUGUGGAUGAUGAACUAGAAAGCGAGGCAAAAAAAGAAUCCCUUUCUCCUGGAAAACUGAAACUAACUUUUGAAGAAUUGGAAAGACAAAGACAAGAAAACCGAAGGAGGCAAGCUGAAGAGGAAGCAAGACAACGUUUAGAAGAAGAGAAGCGUGCUUUUGAAGAAGCAAGGCGGCAAAUGGUAAAUGAAGAGGAGGAAAACCAAGACACAGAAAAAAUUUUAAAAGGGUACCGCCCUGGUAAACUCAAACUCAGUUUUGAAGAAAUAGAAAGACAAAGGAGAGAAGAUGAAAAAAGGAAAGCAGAAGAAGAAGCCAGGAGGAGAAUAGAGGAAGAAAAGAAGGCAUUUGCUGAAGCAAGGAGAAGCAUGGUAGUAGAUGAUGACUUCCCAGAGAUGUAUAAAACAAUUUCUCAAGAAUCUCUUACACCGGGAAAACUGGAAAUUAAUUUUGAAGAAUUACUAAAACAAAAAAUGGAAGAAGAAAAACGACGAACAGAGGAGGAAAGGAAGCAUAAGCUAGAGAUGGAAAAACAGGAAUUUGAACAACUGAGACAAGAAAUGGGAGAGGAAGAGGAAGAACAUGAAACCUUCGAAUUGAGUAGGGAAUAUGAAGAAUUAAUCAAAUUGAAAAGAAGUGGCUCUAUUCAAGCCAAAAAUCUAAAAAGCAAGUUUGAAAAGAUUGGACAAUUGUCUGAAAAAGAAAUACAGAAAAAAAUAGAAGAAGAACGAGCAAGGAGGAGAGCAAUUGACCUUGAAAUUAAAGAGCGAGAAGCAGAAAACUUUCAUGAGGAAGAAGAUGUUGAUGUCAAGCCUGCAAAAAAAAGUGAGGCCCCAUUUACUCAUAAAGUGAACAUGAAAGCUAGAUUUGAACAAAUGGCUAAGGCAAGAGAAGAAGAAGAACAAAGAAGAAUUGAAGAGCAAAAGUUACUACGGAUGCAGUUUGAACAAAAGGAAAUUGAUGCAGCACUACAAAAGAAAAGAGAAGAGGAGGAGGAAGAAGAGGGUGGUAGCAUCGUGAAUGGCUCCACUAUUGAAGAUGACGAGCAAACGAGAUCAGGAGCUCCGUGGUUCAAGAAGCCUCUAAAAAACACAUCGGUUGUAGACAGUGAGCCAGUUAGAUUUACUGUUAAAGUAACAGGAGAACCCAAACCGGAAAUUACAUGGUGGUUUGAAGGAGAAAUACUGCAGGAUGGAGAAGACUACCAAUAUAUUGAAAGAGGAGAAACUUACUGCCUUUAUUUACCAGAAACUUUCCCAGAAGAUGAAGGAGAGUAUAUGUGUAAAGCAGUCAACAACAAAGGCUCUGCAGCUAGUACCUGUAUUCUUACAAUUGAAACUGACGACUACUAGCUCCCCUUCCCUCUCCCUGGAACUUUCUCUCCCUGCCCCCCUGACUUUCUUACUACACCCAUGUUUUCUGUGGCGGGGCCAAAAUGGAAACCAGAAGUGCCACUAUGUUGACUUUCUAUUCCUUUUCAUAAUAGUCUUCAAAACACAAGCUCAUCUAAGGAAUAACUUCUUCCUUUCCAAAUGAUCACCAGAUUCAUCGCCAUAUUAUGCAGAAGUUAAGGUGUAUCUAAUGGGGUAAAAUGGAAAAUUUACUCAAUUAUUAAAAUACAUUAUUUUGCAUGAAAGAAUGUCAUUUAUGAGCUAUUUUCACCGAAAAUUAGUCCAAGAUAGUAGAGAUUUAAUUUGGAACCUAUCAAUUUGAGUUUUCCUUAAUACAUCAUUUUCCUUAUAGUUUCAAAGUCUUUCUGAAGCAGAGAGGGGGAAGGGGUACCAUUCCUUUCAAGGGAAAGGGGAAGCAUGGAGAACAAGAGGAGGACUUUAAAGAAACAAUUGCCAGAGAAAACUUAAUGGAAACCACUGCCUAUAGAGUUCUGAAUGUUGAGAAUAAAUAUUAACAUGUACUUUUCAAAUGUGUGUAAUAUAUAUUCAAGCUUAUAAAGCCAAUUUAUGUUGUGACCUAGCCUGAACAAAUUGUUUAGUGAGAAAACUUUGUAUCAGUAGUUUAUGCAGGAGAAAACACUUUCAACAUAAUGAACGAUUUCAAGAUCUAAGAAAAAAAAAUGGCACAAUCUUCAAUUUUAAAAUCUGGUCUUCAAGUUUGUAAAUAAUUAACUACCAUGUUCUAGUACCAAGUUGUUUUGUAUUUUAGUUUUCUGGAAGACAACUGUAUUUUACAACGUAAACUCCGUAAAGUAACUUCUGCAUUAAAAAAUAAAGUCAAUAUUUUAGAAAAGAAAAA